GCUGCCAUGACAACGAGUCCGCGCCCCGCGCUCUGCUGCUAUUCGGGCGGGACCCAGGCUGGACCGCGGGCCCCGGCCUGGGGGCCACAGCUGCCACCGCCGCCGCCACCUUGUCUCCUCCCCGUCCCCGUCCCGCCCCGCGUCUCCCCGCCUCAUUCGGGCCCGUGGCCGGGGUCCCUCCCCGCCGCCCGAUCGCGCGCGGAUGCCGAAGGUGAAGGCGCUGCAAUGCGCCCUGGCGCUGGAGAUCCGCUCUGUAACUUGUCCAGGAGUGGUGCUGAAAGACAAGGAGGACAUCUAUCUUAGCAUCUGUGUGUUUGGCCAAUACAAAAAGACACAAUGUGUCCCAGCCACUUUCCCACUGGUCUUCAAUGCCAGAAUGGUGUUUGAAAAGGUGUUCCCUGAAGCAGUAGACCCUGGAGAUGUGGUUGCACAGCUUGAGUAUGAUACAGCAGUGUUCGAGUUGAUACAGCUAGUUCCACCAGUGGGUGAAACACUGUCUACAUAUGAUGAAAAUACACGAGAUUUCAUGUUCCCGGGUCCAAACCAAAUUUCUGGACACCAUGAUUCAAACCGCCAGGUUACCAUGAGGAGGAUUUCUGGUCUACGAGGAAUUGCUCCAAAGCUGGAAUUUUCUACAACUUCAGUGAUUACUGAAUGUCUGAUAAGUUCAAGGAAGUGCCGCACUCAGGAUAAAUUUAUUUACCAUUCGGCUCCAGUUGAAAAAUCACACGGCAGACUGCAAAAUAGAACAUCAAGAUCACAGAAGAAAAAAUCAAAGUCACCUGAGAGAAAUAAAUAUUGCAUAAACGCAAAAAGCUACGAACAGCCUACAAUUUCUUCAAAAUCACACUCUCCAUCUCCCUACACAAAAAGACGCAUGUGUGAGCUAUCUGAAGACACCAGGCGGCGGCUGGCCCAUUUAAAUCUGGGGCCCUAUGAAUUCAAAAAAGAAACAGAUAAACCUCCAUUUGUGAUUAGACAUGUUGAUCCCCCAAGUCCCAGGACUGAUGCUUUAUUUGGAUCCUCUGGUAGAGACUGUGAAAGAGAUGGGUGGUCCAGGAUGCACAAUGAUCAUUCCCAUCUUGGCUGCUGCAGAUCCAAGGAUUAUAAGGUUAUCAGGACACCCCAUGGGAGAGACUUUGAUGACUCUUUGGAUAAGUGUGAAGAGUAUUUGGGCUCAAGGUCAUGUAGCAAGCCCCAGCAUUCAGCAAGGACCUUACUAGUUCAUUCAGCACCCUCAACAGUGCCGAAGCAUUCUCCAAGCCCUGUGUUAAAUAGAGCUUCUCUUAGGGAAAGGUUCCACUCUGAUUGGUGUUCACCUUCAAACUGUGAUGAGAUCCAUGACCGGGUAAAAAAUGUCUUGAAAUCACAUCAGGCUCACCCAGGACAUUUAUAUGAUGAGAGAGACCUAGAGAAGGAAGACGAACUGGAACUGAAAAGAGGUCUUUUAUACCGAGACUCUGCCUACGACAGUGACCCUGAGUAUAGCUCAUUUCAGCGGCCACAUGGCUCUCUCCAUUUGGAUGAUGGCGAAUACUGGUCCAACAGGGCAGCCUCUUAUAAGGGAAAAUCCCACCGACCCGUCUUUGAGAACAGCAUGGACAAGAUGUACAGGAACUUAUACAAAAAGGCCUGUAGUUCUGUUUCUCAUACACAGGAAAGCUUCUGAGACCAUCCAGGAUAAACUGUGUGAUUGUCCGUGUCAACCUCUCAAUGAAAACGUUUGAUGUGAUCAAUAUCUGUAUUCCUUUUUUUUAAACAGGUGGUUCAUUGAGUAAAAUAGUUACACUUGAAUCAAGUUUAUUACUUCAAAUGGUAAAUUUUCAUAGGAUCUUUUUUAUUACAGAAGAUUGUGCUGUUUCACAUGUCAAAGCUGUGCAACACAAUCACCACUUUAAUCUUUGAGAGCAUGCUUCUCACAUAUAUCUCAUCAACACCUACAAAUUGAACAGAUUCUCUCCAAAAACGUUCUUCUGCCCUAAUCACCUGUAACUUUCACUUCAUCUCCUUCACUGGUUAUCUUGUCUGCGUAAGAUUUAAUUAAUAUUAACUCCCUUUUUGUAGAAAUGAACAGAAAGAUAAGCUAUAUAAAAAUGAAUUUUCCAAGAGUUUAAACCAUGUUUUAACUAGUAGUUUCUACUUUUAUUCUAAGUAUAUUUCUUAGCUCACAAGAAAUAGCUUUUAAAAAAAAAUUUUGUAGAGUUUUUAAGUUUGGUCUUUUUAGUUAUACAUGACAGUAGUAAGCCUAUAUAAUUAUUCAGUUCUUUUCUGGUAAAACUACUACAAUAAGUCACCUAAAAUGUAAAAGAGCUAGAAAUAGAAAUGGCCAUAUAUGAUCCAAAAUGUGAACAACUAAUUUUUAAAAUAGAAUGCUAGGCACAAUUUUUUUGAAGGGCCAUACCUUUUAUUGCAAAUAGACUCAAAAAAUAGCCUGUAUUAUCAGGUAUGUAGAAACUCAGUACAAAUAUGGGACUUGUAAUUUAAACUCUUUGGCAUUUUAAAGCAGCCUCACUUUAAAGGACACUUGGAAUCACUGGAGAAUAAAAUAAUAUGGCAGAGUGCUUUUUAGUAGGCACUCAAAACUUUGUUGGUUGACUAAUAAAAUGAGCUCCUAGUUUCCCAUCCAACACAUAACCUGUAAAUCCAGUGACGCUUUGAAGAUAUGAAAAAAAAUCAGUUACCAUAUUUACCAAAGAGUGAGGGAGGGAAAGCAAAGUGUAUGAAAUAAGUAAAAUUUCUUUACAAGCUUCAAGAGUUGACUACAAAUGUUUUCUCAUUGACUAUAUCAUUGGUUAAUUCCACAGCUGUGAUUUAAAAAGAAAAAGAAAUGACUUGCAGUCUAUUGAAAUUGACAUUAAAAUGGGAAAUUGGAUGACUUUUUGUGUUAGGAGACAAUAUACAUUUGUUAUCUAAUAAUAGAACUUUUUAACUUCAGUUUAAGAAUGUUUUAGUAUAGCAAUCUUUUUGAUUUAUCAAAAAGAGCAUUGGAGAUAUGCCAUCUCUGCCGUUUUUUGACUGAAUCAAAAUAAUAAUUCCCUGAUCCUUAGUUUCCUCAGCUGUCAAAGAGAAUGGUAUAUCUCUCAAAACAUGUUCUGUGGACCAGGACUGUGGUUCUAAGAGAUGAUUGUAGGAAUAUAGAUAUAAUUUUUUAUUGGUCAUGUAAGUUCGUGAAAGUCAGUCUAACACACACAUGUGGGUGUAUGUGCAUGUGUCUUAUGGAGUCGUAGGUAGAAUUGCAAGAAUGAAAAAGGAUACUAUUAUUGUGGGGGCAGCAUUUAUAAACUGGGACUAUCUGGCAAGUCAGGACCUAGGGUCUCCAUAGUCAUACUCAGUACUACUGUUGGAGAUUUUAAGAAAUCCUGGUAUAACCCUUAUACAAUAUCUAGUUGAAAGUCUGCCCCAUAAUUGAUGCUCCUUAAAUAUUUAUUGAAUUAACCCAGAAUUUCCUAACCUAAAUUGAGUAUGUAACAGUGUUAUUAUUAUAACAACCACUCUGUUUCCUCAACUCCCCAUUGCUCCACCCAAGUGCUGUUAUCUGGUACAUGUAGACACCAACUGAUGAAAUGCUACACUACACAAUUCCUGAGUUACCCUCUGGCUGUAAGUUAAAUGAUGUUUUGCUCUAUUUAAAAAAGCAUAUCCUCAGUGGAAAUUACUAUUUUUUUUUUCUGUGGAAAAGAAGAUAAAAAAUUCUUCAGUUUAAAAGUUGCUGUUUAACGACAAAGAACAAAUAAGUCUAUCAAAGACUAUUAUACUCUCACAGAAAAUCUUCUGAAUAAGUAAGCAGCAUGAAAAUUGCCUAUUGCACCUAUGCCUGCUAUUAGCUAUGACAAGGGCCACAAAAAGUAGGACUCAAAAAAAAAAAUUCAGAAAUUGAUAUCCAUUUUCCUAUGGAUUAAAUUUGACACAUCUAUGAAAAA